AUGCCUCCAGCUUGGCCAGAGUCUAUGGCGCCGCUGUCUGCCGCGCCUCUCAGCAAAAUUGAGCUUGAACUGCAAGGGCCUCAACGAGCGGCUCUCGUCGGUCGUGAUCUUCAGCACCCGAAUCACACACAGCAAGUAACGUUGGGCGUCAUCGCGGCUUACGUUGUCGUUAUUGCUAUUCUAUGGAACGUUCCCUAUAUCAAGAACGUCCUCUGGCCAUUCAAAAUGCUUGUCAUUGCCUUUCACGAAUUUGGCCACGCAAUCACAGCCGUCUGUACUGGUGGCCGCGUCAAGUCAAUCAGUCUUGAUCCGAACGAAGGCGGCGUUACCAAAAUGGUCGGUGGCAUCAGCGCAAUCACGCUUCCAGCAGGCUAUCUGGGAUCGUCCAUCAUCGGCGCGCUACUGACAUUUUGCGGCUUCAAUAUUGUCGCAUCCAAGGUCGCCAGCAUUGUUCUAGGCGUCUGCUUCCUCCUGACUCUGUGGUGGGGGAAACGGGACUGGCUGACGAUUCUCACUGUCUUGCUCGCUGUCGGCCUCAUUAUCGCAUGCUGGUUCAUCAAACACGCCGAAGCACUGCGGUUUGUGGUGCUUUUCAUCGGCGUCAUGUCCUCCCUCUACAGCGUGUGGGAUAUUUGCGACGAUCUGAUUCUUCGCAAAGUCAACUCAUCCGAUGCCAGCGUCUUCGCGAAGCGCUACGGUGGCUCCUCGCAGUGCUGGGGCGUCAUCUGGUCCAUCAUAUCCGUUUUGUUCAUGGCUGUCGGCAUCGUCGCAGGGCUGGCUGCAUUCUCACAGUCGUUUGCUCAACAACAGGAGGACUCGAAGCACUUUAUCCCAACAUAG